UCAAGAAAGACAGCCUCGGACUCUGCCCCGCAGUCUCCUCCAGACGGCUCUGGGAUUUGGUGGGAUCCUUCCUUCCCCGGAACUGUCCGUUCCUUGGCGAGCGUGCGUCCUCUUUCCGAUGGGUUCUUUGGUUGCCAAGCUACUUCUGCCAACUCUAAGCAGCCUGGCUUUCCUCCCGACCAUCAGCAUCGCAGCCAAAAGGCAAUUCCACAUGGAGGCCAUGGUCUAUUUCUUCACCAUGUUCUUUGUGUCGAUCUACCAUGCGUGUGAUGGCCCCGGGUUAUCCAUCCUGUGCUUCAUGCAAUACGACAUCCUCGAGUACUUCAGCAUCUACGGGACGGCGUUAUCUAUGUGGGUGUCGCUAAUGGCCCUGGCAGAGUUUGAUGAGCCCAAAAGAUCAACCUUUCUGAUGUUUGGCGUGCUGACGAUUGCCGUCAGGAUCUACCAUGACCGAUGGGGAUAUGGUGUUUACUCAGGACCAAUUGGGACAGCUGUUCUGGUGAUAACUGUGAAAUGGUUGCAAAAGAUGAAAGAGAAAAAAGGCCUCUAUCCCGACAGAAGCGUCUACACACAGCAGAUUGGACCUGGCUUCUGCUUUGGAGCCCUGGCGCUGAUGCUGAGGUUCUUUUUCGAGAUGCCACCUUUGAAUACAGAGUUCUUAUUCAGCUAUUGUCAGCGGUACGUUUUGAGAAGUUCUUCCGGAGUUCUGUCCAAUUUCUUGAAGGAAUCUAAAACAUUGAUAAAGCUGGGGGCAGUGAACUCCAUCAGUUAA